AUGGCUCAGACCCUGCACAUAGAGAUUCCCAACUUUGGGAACACCGUGCUGGGCUGCCUGAACGAGCAGCGCCUGCUGGGGCUGUACUGCGAUGUCUCCAUCGUGGUGAAGGGCCAGGCCUUCAAGGCACACCGUGCCGUGCUGGCUGCCAGCAGCCUCUACUUCCGAGACCUGUUCAACAGCAGCAAAAGCUCCGUGGUGGAGCUGCCGGCCGCCGUCCAGCCUCAAUCCUUCCAACAGAUCCUCAGCUUCUGUUACACCGGGCGCCUCAGCAUGAACGUGGGCGACCAGUUCCUGCUGAUGUACACGGCCGGGUUCCUGCAGAUCCAGGAGAUCAUGGAGAAAGGCACCGAGUUCUUCCUGAAGGUCAGCUCUCCCAGCUGCGACUCUCAGGGGCUGCACGGGGAGGAAGCUCCGUCCUCGGAGCCUCAGAGCCCGGUGGCUCAGACCUCCAGCUGGUCCUCCGGAGGGGGGGGGGCUGCGGCGGCGGCUGCGUUACCGUUGGUAUCGAGGGUGAAAACGGAGCAAGGGGAACCCGACGGGGUGCAGUGCACCAUCGUGGUCAAGCGGCUUUGGGACGGUGGCAACAAAGAUGGAGGCAACGGCAGCAGGAAGAUGGCCAAGUUCUCCACCCCAAAAAGCGGCCGGCAACAAACACAAGGAGGAGCCAUGACGGCCAACAACGCGGACCAGACCAGCCCGGGGGGCACGUCCAGCGCCUACACCAGCGACAGCCCCGGCUCCUUCCAUAACGAGGAGGAUGAGGAGGAGGACGGUGGGGAGGAAGGUUCGGACGAGCAGUACCGGCAGAUCUGCAACAUGUACGCCAUGUACAGCAUGAUGAACGUGGGGCCCGCAGGUGAGCCCCAACCACGUGGAACGAGGGGGCGGGGUCACGGGUAGACACGCCCACAAAGGGGGCGUGGUCAAAGAGAAACG